UUCCUCUUUGUGCAUCCCUGGUUAAAGGACGUAAAAAUUAAAGUUAUACAACCCAAAAUGAAGGCUAUGAUUCUAUUGCCAUGGCGUGUUAUACCGCCUUGUUUAAUGUGUACGGAGACCAUACAGAGGAAGCAUGCGUCAGCCAGCUGAAAGUGAAACUAAAAGUGAAACUACAGCAGUUAGCUAACCGUGGACUGAGGGGAAGCGUACGGAUCAGAUUCUGCCUCUUGCAGUCUUGAAAAUGAAGGAAUUGGCAGCAUGUGGAUUUGUCAUUCUCGUAUUCGACAUGGCUCUGUGUUUGGCUCUGUGGGCCGGGCUGGUGAUGCUGAGGUACUCCAGUUGGGGAGGCCUGCCAGGAGUGUGGGCCUUUGGGGCAGCAAAGUGGGCCGUUCUCCAUGUUUUUACCUCAACACUGACUGAUGGAAAGCCAGAGGGCGUGCUCCGCAGAUUGGUGGCACUCCUCUGCCUUCUUUCUCCUGUGUUUGAAAGUGGAAGGAUCCUCAUGGCGCCUCCCUCACAGCCUUACGCAGGACCAUCUCCUGACCUCAGCAUGCUGUUCCUGGGCCACAUGUCCUUGUUGCUGGCAUGUGUGGUUUGGGAAAAGGGCCUCUGUGGUGAUUCAAAGACGAAAAACGACAACAUUGACCUUGAUGCCAGGCGGCUGCUUGUCAGGGUGCUGAAAUACUUCAAACCAGACACCGUUUACCUUAUUGCAGCUUUCAGUUUCCUCAUCUUAGGUGUCAUCUGUGAUACAUACAUCCCUUUAUAUCUGGGGAAUGUCAUCGAUAUGCUAGGAAGUGAAAAUCAUCAAACCAGCGCUGGUUAUGCAAUUGGACAGCUGGCCCUUUUCUCGCUUGGAAGUGCUGUGUUCUCCGGCAUGAGAGGAGGCAUAUUUAUGUGCACUCUGGCCAGACUCAACAAGAGACUGAAGCAUCUGCUGUUCCACACCCUGCUGCAGCAGGAAGUGCACUUCUUUGAGGAGAACAACCCUGGACGUCUGUCCUCCCGCCUGCACUCUGAUGUGGACCAGAUGGGCCGCACGGUCACACUGAACUCCAACGCUCUGGUUCGCAGCACAGUCAAAACCGUUCUCAUGUUCAGAGUGAUGUUCGGUCUGUCCUGGGAGCUCACAUUGCUCACCUGUAUAGAGAUGCCUCUGUUGGCCUUCCUGCAGAACAAAUACAUCACCUGGUCCAAGGAUCUAAAAGAGCAAAUCCAGGAGUGCCACGCUCAGAACAAAGACCUGGCUUUCCAGACAAUCAGCGGGAUUCACACUGUCCGAAGCUUUAGGGCGGAGAAUCAUGAGCUGAGGAGGUAUAAUGAGGCUCUGGACGUGAUGUGCGCCGUGAAGACAAGAACAGGAGUCUACGGCGCAGUCUUCCUGUUGAUACGGAGGCUGGUGACUCUCGGAAUAAAGAUACUCAUGCUGGUACAGGCCCGCAGUCUCAUAUUGACCGGUCACCUCACUAUUGGAAGUCUUUUGUCCUUUUUCCUGUACCAGAAGCCCAUGUCAACCAAUUUAAAGGAGAUCAUGUAUUGCUAUAGAGAGAUGAUGUCCACAGUCGGAGUCAUCUCCAAAGUGUUCAGUUAUCUUGACAGAACACCAAAAUGUAAGAAGGAGGGAGAGUUAGCUCCUGAGAGGCUGGAGGGAAGAAUUGUUUUCCAAAAUGUGACCUUCAAAUAUCCCUCAUCGACUGACGUGGAACCAGCUCUGAAGGCAGUUUCUAUGGAGCUUCAGCCAGGGAAGAUGACAGCUCUGGUGGGUCCCUCUGGCGGCGGUAAGACCUCCUGUGUCAGCCUUCUGAAGAGGCUGUACGAACCUCAAGAGGGGCAGAUCCUGCUGGACGGAGAACCUCUGCAUCAUUACAAAUGCAAAUACCUCCAUCAAAAGAUGGCCCUGGUAUCCCAGAAUCCCGUGCUGUUUUCUGGUUCACUGAGAUACAACAUUGAGUACGGCCUGAGUGACUGCACCUUGGAGAGAGUGAAGGAAGCUGCAAAGAAGGCCAACACAGACAACUUCAUCUCUGAACUGAAGAACGAAUAUGACACAGAUGUAGGGGAAUGUGGUGGUAAGUUGUCAAACGGACAGAAGCAGAGCAUCGCCAUCACCAGAGCUCUGAUUCGGGAGCCGCAGGUCAUCAUCCUGGACGAGGCCACCAGCAAACUGGAUGUUGAAAUGCAGCACGCUGUGCUGCGGGAGGUUCUGACUUGUGGUCGGACUGUCCUGGUGGUGGCUCAUCAGCUGACGACUGUGGAGAAGGCAGAUCACAUCAUCUUCAUCGAGAAGGGAGCCGUCGUAGAAGAAGGGACUCACCAACAACUCAUGGCCAGAGAAGGACGCUACUAUCGUCUGAAAGAGGAACUGUUCUCUUAACACAGCCGAGAGUUUAAAUGCUUGAGUAUUUAUCCUAACCCACUUACCUGCAUGUUAUAUCUUCUAAGGAUAUGUCACUACAAAAUGCAUUUAAUGAAUGCAUAAAUUUAAUUAUUAUGAUCUUUGUUUGUAAAGCACCUAACAUACAAUAAAUGCAUCUGUACGAUACAUGAAAAUAGACAUAGAAUGAAGAUAAAACAGGGUAGGAAUGACAUAAUUAAUGUCAAAAAGGAGGUUAGGAGGAAGGGUGUGGUCUGCAUGUUCAAUGGAAAUACGAGCAUAAAUGAUGUUUACGUCUAGACAUAUUACAGUUUGAUGUCAACACACAAACAAAUCAGUGACAUGACAAAGGACUAAAACUUAUGCUCCAAUAAGCAUUAUUGUUUUUAAUGCAGUUUUGUUAAUUGUAGUGUAUAAAGUCGACCCUCAACUUCAGCUGAACCACAGUGGACACAAGCAGAAUCUGUGUCAGAUAAACGGCAAUGUCUGUUAGUUAAAGUUUGCUAAUAUUAGCCAAGCUACUUACUUAUUCCGAAUGUGGAUUAGAGCACAUUAUAGAUACUAUACCCAGUGUGUUUUUACUGCAGACCAAAUCAAAUUGGACAAUGCGGUGAUUAUAAAAGGUUGGAUUUGAAAUAAAAGAAAGGAUUUAUUUUCACGUUGACAA